AUGUAUAUGAUAAUUCUAUUUUUAUUAUCAACAUUUGAUAUAAUUGAUAAGAUAAAUGGUAAGAAGGAAAAUAUCGCAGAAGCAAAAAUACAAAUAGAAAGAAAUAAAUUAUCGUGUCAUAAUGGCUGGGUACCGUAUGCAUCAACCGGAUCAGUUAAAUACACUCAUUGCUUGAAGAUUUUAACGGUAUUCCGGAUGACAUGGCAACAAGCUGAAGAAAGCUGUCGACAAGUUGGAAAAGAUGCUCAUCUAGUUUCGAUACAAACAAUGGAACAAAUUAGCUGGCUUACGGAAGCGAUUGAUAGAGAAAUGCAAAUGAAAGGGAAAUCAUUGUAUACAUUAUUUCCAAAAAAUUCUCCAUGGUUUGAUUCUGGCUGGUGGAUUGGACUUGGCCAAUUAUGUCCGAAGAGUCAAAAUGAUCAAAUGCCUUCCUUCAGAUGGACUGAUGGAAAAUUAUUUGCAAAUGAUAAAUUGAUAAUUGGUGAUGUAAAACUUACCGUACCAAAAUCAAAUAAAUGGGAUAAUCAUUAUUGUGUUUUUUAUGAUUUUCAAAAAUCUCCUACCGGAUUAGCAACACAUCGAACAUUCAAUAUUACCACAUGUUCAGAUCGUCGACGAUUUAUUUGUCAAAUGCCAGCUUUUUCACAGGAUCAACUUUCUAGUGGUGGUAGUGCUAUUGUAACAGAGGAAGAAGUAGAAAUUACGGAAAGCGCAAAUAGUGAACUUACCGCUGAUUUUCCAUGUGGUGUUGAUCCAUUAUUUUGUCCAUUAAAAACAAGCCAAGGAACUGUAUGCUAUCGUUUACAAACUGAGCCAUUUUAUUGGGAACAAGCAAUGAAAGAAUGUGAUGCAAAACAUCAAUCUGAUCUUACUUCAAUUCAUUCAAAAGAAGAAGCAAAUUUCAUUUAUGAAAUGGUAAAAUUACAACCAUCAAUAAGUGGUGAAACAAAAUAUUGGAUUGGAUUACAUCGAAGAAAUGCUCAAAGUCAAUAUGAAUGGUCUGAUGGUUCAUCAUUUGAUUAUUUAUUGGAACGAUUAAGAAAUGAUGAUCCGGAUGAAGAGAGAGGUAUUUGUGUUGCAAUACAAUUUAAUGUUAGUACGAAAUUACUCCAGAAACAACCACUAUAUAAUCUUUUUGGUGUUCCAAUUCAAGUAACAAAGAAUACUCCAGCAUAUUUUUGGACACAUCAACGAUGUGAUAAUCGUCAUUUGUCGAUAUGUCGUAAACCAGGCUUUGAUUAUCAUUCUCGUUUUGAAUUAUCAGCAAAAGAAGAAAGAAGAUUGAAAAAGCAAAGCAACUGGAAAUGUUCAAACGGAUAUAAAUUAUUCAGAGGAAUGUGUUAUAAAUUAUAUGGAACAAAUAAUAAUGGUGUAACAUUCAGUGAAGCUAUUCAACGUUGCAAAAAUGAAAAAGCUAAUUUGGUUAGCUUAACUGAUAUGUAUGAAAAUGGAUUUGUUACAUCAAUGUUGCAAAAUUUAAAUAGUAAUGCAUGGAUUGGUAUGGAUAUGACAGAUGGACGAGUACGAUGGUUGGAUGGUGAACCGUUAAAAUUGAUCCGUUUUGGUCCAGAUAAUCGGGUAAUCCGGAUUGGCGGUGAUCGACAUAUUUUUCAAAAUGUUGGUGAACCUGGUUUUUCCAAUGAGGCUUGUGUUGCAUUAGAUGCUACUAAUAUGGUCGGAUAUUGGAAUAUUAUCUUCAAUAAAACUAAUUAUGUUUUCCCUAGUGGUUCAACAAAAGCAGAUAACAAAUCAAAUCAGUGUGAUACAAUGGAAUUACCAUAUAUUUGUGAAACUUAUGCAGAUGAAUCAGCAAAUGUAAUUCAAAACAAAAAAACAUGCAAUGAAAUCGAUGAUAUUACAUACUGUUUUCUUCUCAAUGAUCCUAACAAGCAUAUUAAUGGUCAUUUUAAUUUUGUUGAUGCAUCUGAAAUUUGUGCAACAUUACCAACAAAAUAUACAAAUUACGGUAGAAAAUAUGGUCAAUUAGCACAAGCUGAUAACAUUUUCGAAUGGUUAUUUUUGACAGCAAUGGCAUUGGAGAAUGAUUACGAUGAAUUCUUUAUGGAAGAACCAAUGAGUAUGGUACCACAAACAGUACGUUGCCCAGAUGGUAAAGAGGAUUGGAUUCUUGGUGAAACACAUUGUUAUCAUUUAGUGAGUAAUACAUCAAUGUUUAGUUCAGGAUUUAAAGCAGAUCAUGAUUGUUUCAAGGUAAGUAUAAAAGUAUGCUAA